UUAGAAAUGAUACUACUCACUUACCUAAUCUAGUACAUUUUACAAAGUCUAUAUUUAACAUCAGAAUCAGAGAUAUUAAAGAUAAAUUAAUUUUAAAAUCCUACAUUGUGUAAGUUAGAACAAUUUAAAAUUUUAAAGGGUUCAAAUAUAAAAAUUUUCUACGAUCUGAUAUUGUCGAUUAUCGAUACAUAUCGACAACAAUGUCACUAUAUAUGUUUCCCACGCUAUAAUGUUCCUAGCCAAUUCUUAUUGUAAUUUGCUAUAAGAUAGUGAUAUUUCGAACAUCUUAUGGCAAUCAUAGUUAGUGUAAAAGUUUUAUCAUAGUCGAGGAACUUCAGGAAAGUUUAUUAUUCGUAUGGAUUCUGGCAUUACGAUACUGUAUUACGGCUCGAAUAGUGUACGUUCUGAAAUAGGAGCAGUGAGUUAGUUUAUAAUGGAAGGAGGUGGAGUACUUACAGCAGAGCGCAGUCCUGCACGUGCGAAUCUGCAUGUAGCUUUCAGUGAAAAGGGUGAGGUAAAGGAACGCAGGGAAAAAUUCUUAACAGCCAAGUAUGGGUCUCAUCAGAUGUCUCUUAUCCGUAAAAGACUUGCAGUUGAAAUGUGGCUCUUUGAUGAGCUGGAAAAACUAUAUGAAUCAGUUAAUGAAAAUGGUAAAAAUCGGGAAGUUGAAAUAGAUAUAGAUGAACUUCUUGAUAUGGACAGUGAUGAUCAUAGACGAAGAUUUUUGCAGGAGUUGCUGGUUGAUACAAAGAAACCACCACAUGAUGUAAAUAAAUUCAUUAACGAUUUACUUGAAAAAGCUAAAACACUUUGAAGAACUUCCGCGUUCUUCUUAACACUUACGUGUUUGCAAGGACUUUUUUGAAGCAUGAACAAAUUUGCUCAGAUUUUGGGACGAGUCAAAGACAUAUUCAAGCCUUAAAUGAGUCGCGCGCAUACGUGACUUAAAUGCCAAUUUAUCAUUAUACUUGGAUCGAACAUAAUGGGGAAAAGAAAAUGAAAAAAAAUCUAAUCCAUCAAAUGACUCUGCACAUUUUUAUUCUAGCGUAUAUUAUUUCAUAUUGAAAUCGUAAGCAUUAGUAUCUGACUUAUCUCAGUACAACGGCUAACUUUGUUAGUUAUUUAUGUGCGCAUCGCAUAUCAAGUAAUAAAUCUCACAGUACACGGAACUGCCUUGCUGUACGAUCCAUCCAGUGUGAUGUAUAGUAGAAAACGUUUGUUCUUCUACACUCUAGUUUUGUAUGCAUUCUAUACUCCAUUGUUCGUAGUAAUAUUUAUGUUAUUAGGGGAUGAUUAACUAACAAAGAUACUUCCAAAAUACUGUAACUAUAUGAAAUAAUUUCUAUGCAUAUCCCAAGUUCAUUGAGUUGUCACGACUGAGGAUAUGAUUGGGUUUGAAACGAUUAAUAUUUUUUAUGUUGUAGCGAAUUAAUACAAACUUUUUUUUAUUUAUUGUAGAAGAUACUUUAAGGGGGCAGAUAUGCAAAAUUUCGCAUCGAAUGCUUGUAUGAAUUUAAAGGGGAAAAAAAAGAAAGAAACGAAAAAAAAAAAAAUAAUGGAAUCUGUAUGAUAAUAUAAUAAAAGCGUGUAUGUUUCAGAUGAUAUUAUCACUGGCAUAGUAAUAAUUAAAACGUGGAAAUGACACCUAUCGUUGCUCCAGUACCGAAUCAGUAUUGAAAAUUAUCGUGAAGCAGAAAUUAACUCUGCC